CAAGUCUUGGUGUAUUGGGGUUUGCAAACAACGGGAUUAUCCCCUUACAUAUACCGAAGAGACUCUCUCCUCUCAAUUCAGGAGCUGACCCAUCGUUCUUGCUAAUUCUUCAAUCUUCUCAAACGAAUACAUACCAUGGCCCCCUGAACAAACGAUUAUACAUGUCAUAGCAUGGCCGUUUCCGGAGAUUAUGAUACCCGUGAUGCGGGCCAGGACUUUCUGGACCGCUCAUAUCUGACAUACAUUGUACCGUCCACAACGAAUUUCAGGCUUGAGAAGGCCCUUGGGGACACAGCGGAUCAAUACCAGGCCCUCUUUGACGCCAUUGACCGACGCGAAUGGCUCUUCUUCGAUGAGACCAUUGAAAUAUACCUGGUUUUGCGAACUCGGUACGCCGAGGAGAAAGAGUUACGGUCUUGCCUCGGCAGGAUCUCGGUCUCCCUGGACGCCCAGAUUGUGAAUAGCCAUACCCCUGACCGAGACGGCGCACCCGCCAGCGAAGUGAUAUACAGCGGGGUUGUUGAGGCUACCCAAGAGCCGGUUAUUGUUACGGAUGAGGAGGAAGAUGGCAGGGACGGCGAUGAUGAGCGGUAUACAUAUAUUGUGUGGAAGCAGCCAGUCUUCUUGGCCCGUCCAAGGAUACGCCUGCAGAGUCCCUCAGUUGUAUUCUCAGCGGCGGCCAGUCUCCGCCCCGCGGACGCUGAGUUGUCUGGGCCCCUGAGAUCUGGCUACCUGCAGAGUCGAGUGCCUCUGGGCAUGAAUCUCCUCGAGUCGUUCAGCGGAGACCCAGCGCUCGGGGGAGUUAAACCAAGACUAUCAGCCUUGAGGGUGUCAAGGGUCGCGCCGGUUACCCAAUCCGCGGAGCAACUGCGCCCCAUCAAAGGCUUGCAGAACCUCAGCCUGAAAAUCUUCCCAGCCGUGCAUACACGGGUGCGCUUCGCCCGGCCCAACGCAUCACCUCCUAGCCCGGCGUUGAUCGCCCUCCUGGAAGUGGAUUUCAGCCCGUUCUUCGAUUGCGAAGCUGUUCUUGACAAGAUCUCUCUCACGGUUAGCGACGGCGUCGUCGAAGACCUUAACACACAAGAUGGUAUGAGACUGCCCCUUCGGUGUGUCGCGCACGAUCAUAUCACAUUCCUCUACCGCCUAGCCCCAGAGCAACUCGACAGUGCGAACAAAAGCUCCAUCCGUAAUCUCGAUAUCACCAUCGAAGUGAUGGCUUUGGUGAAGCCGGAUGGGCCGGAUAUUUGCACCCCACGGCUGUCAUUGGGAUGGACGACGACCCUGGACUUCUCCCUCCCCGUUAACCCCGGGUUUGGGCAGCCCAUGACGCAGCCGAUCCAGCGCUCGCACCGCCCCAGCCAACUCUCCAUCGGGGGCGGCGCCGACGCGCAGUCCCUCAUCUCUCCCUCGGUCAGCCGGCCAGAUGCCCUCCCGGCCCUAGAAGCCGCCACGGCGCGCAGCACCGAGGUCCCGAUCCCCAACUUCGGCAUCACCAUGACCUUCACCGGGCCCGACCGCUCCGUCCACGCAGGCGACGAGUUUUCCUGGACCGUCUUCGUGGUCAACCGCACCAAGCCCGAGGCGGGGCCUCCCGGGGCCGCCGCAGCCCCCGCCACCGUCGCCGCCCGCAAGCUUGCCCUCGUAGCGAUCCCCCGUCGGCGGCGGAACGACCACCCCCGCGUCGUGCGCCCGCCGUCGAUGGCUAGCCCGGCGGGGUUGGCGUCCAAGCACGACCCACUAAUCGCCGACGCGGUGCUGGAUGAGAAUGUGGUCCACGCGAUGCAGAAGAGCAGCCUGGUCGAUGGCACGGACGUGGUGUGUCUCUCGGCAGAUGUGCGUGUCGGGCCCUUGGCGCCGAAUGCGUGUGCUGUUGUUGAGCUGAGGUUCCUUGCCCUUCGCGAGGGGAUCGUCGGGGUUGAGGCGGUGCGAGUCAUCGAUCUGGGUUCGCAGGAGCAUGUUGACGUACGGGAACUGCCUGUCGUGGUUGUCGAGGGGCGCGUUGGGGACGCUUAGGAGAUGGCCGAAGUCGAGAAAUGGAGCUUGGGCUGGUCGGUUGGUGCCCUUCCACAUGGAGAUACCCCAGUUAGAUAGCAAAUGCAAAGCAGCAAUGUUCAGCGCCAUUGGAAUCCAUGGAAGUCUGCUGCCCAUCACCCAACGAUCCAAACCUUGCUCAGCUCGGAGGUGAGCAACACUAGUAGGGAGAAACAGACUCUGGGUAGCCAGUGCUUGGAUCUGGUAAAGCCCCCUAACCAGGUCUAUCUCGUCUAUGGUGGAAAGGGCGUGCU